UUGUGUACAGCGUAACGUAUGGUAACGUCAAUCACAGGAGUAAACUUUGCGUAAUGUGCGUUUUAUUUUUGUUUAUUUAUAUAAGUUUAAGCCUAAAUUUUAUGAGUGGUUGCUAUGGAAGAUGAAGCAUCAAUUUUAUUAGACGGCAAAACGCUAGGCAAUUUACGUGUAGUUGAUUUGAAACAAGAAUUAGAAAAGCGCGGUUUAUCUAAGAGCGGAAGUAAAAAAGAUUUGGUGAAGCGCUUGAAAGUGCAACUUGAAUUUGAAAAGCUGUGUGGAGAAAGAAAAUCAGCUGCAGAUUGUGACUUAAAGUUAGAUUUGGAUGCUGAUACAGAGCAAAAUGAAUUUGUGCAACAAUAUUUAGCUCAACAGCAAAAGAUAUAUGCUGAACAAAAGGAGGCAAAACGACGUAUUGAGCUUGAAGAAACCUUAAAGAGCACUGAGGAAAAAGAGAUUUGUGAUUCCACUAAAAGUGACGAAGAUGCCACUGUUGAUGAUGAUGAUGAUCAGACAGAGCCAGAUGAACCUGAAGAGGAGGAUUCUAGGACUGCUGUCACCAGAAACAAGAUGGGAAGGGAGGCUAGAACUGACAAUGUCAAGCCUGAGGUUGAGAUAGCUAGCUCAGAAGUUCAAGAUGAUGUUGAUCAGAGCACUUCUGAACCUGCUAAAAUAAAAACAGAAAAUUCAGAAGUUCAAGAUGAUUCUGAGUUGCAAACUUCAAAAAUAGAAAGAGAAAAUUCAGAAGUUCAAGAUGAUUCUGAGUUGGAAACUUCGAAAAUAGAAACAAAAAAUUCUGAAAUUCGAGAUGAUUCUGAGCCGAAAACUUCUGUGCCUUCACAAGUGGAAAGAGAAAUCCAAAAUGAUUCUGAUCAAAAUAUUUCUGAAUUUUUAAAAGUAGAAGCAGAAAGCACAGAAUUCCAAAUUAAUACUGAUCUGAAAAUUUCUCAGCCUUCAAAGGUAGAACCAGCAUGUUCAGAUAAUGUUAAUAAGGGAACUUUUCUAUUUGCAAAGGCAGAAGUAGCAAAUUCCGGUGAUAUUAUUGAGAAAACUUCUCAGCCUUCAAAGGCGGAAGUAGCAAGCUCAGAUGAUGUUGAUGAGGAAACUUCUCAGCCUUCAAAGGUGGAAGUAGCAAGCUCAGAUGAUGUUGGUGAGGAAACUUCUCAGCCUUCAAAGGUGGAAGUAGCAAGCUCAGAUGAUGUUGAUGAGGAAACUUCUCAGCCUUCAAAGGUGGAAGUAGCAAGCUCAGAUGAUGUUGAUGAGGAAACUUCUCAGCCUUCAAAGGUAGAAGUAAGAUUAUGCUCAGAUGAUGUUGAUGAGGAAACUACACAGCCUUCAAAGGUAGAAGUAGCAAGCUCAGGUGAUGUUGAUCAGGAAACUACACAGCCUUCAAAGGUAGAAGUAGCAAGCUCAAAUGAUGUUGAUGAGGAAACUACACAGCCUUCAAAGGUAGAAGUAGCAAGCUCAGAUGAUGUUGAUAAGGAAACUACCCAACCUUCGAAGGUAGAAGUAGCAAGCUCAGAUGAUGUUGAUAAGGAAACUACCCAACCUUCAAAGGUAGAAGUAAGAUUAUGCUCAGAUGAUGUUGAUGAGGAAACUACACAGCCUUCAAAGGCAGAAGUAGCGAACUCUAAUGUGCAAUAUGAUACCAAUGUUCUUGAAACUUCUCAGGCUUCGAAUACUAUACCAUUUUCAGAAGAAGAGCUUGUCACAGAUAUUCCAACUAUCAACAAAGAGGACAGUCAAAACCAAAUAACUUCAUCUAAUCAUGUACUUGUGGAUUCCAGCAUUGAAAUUAGCAAGAAUCUGGAAGCCAUUGAUAAUAUAGCCAACCAAAAAACUUCAUCUGAAAUCACUGAAAAUGCAUGCAUUAGCUCUAGAACUGAAAACACCGAAAUCAACAAUAUCAUUGACCAUCAGACAGAAGAGUCAUCAACAUCUGAAAUCAUUCAGGAGAAGCAUGUUGAAUCUAGCAUUGAAAAUACUCAAAACGCAUCUCAUCUGGAUGAAUUAUCUGUAGAGACACAUACUGAUUCCAGAGAAAUAGUUUCUCCAGAAUCUAUACCGUUGCCUGAGAUGGAACCAGCUACACAAUUUUCCACUGUGCCUUAUUCUCUUAUGGAUAUUCAAUUACCUGAAAGCCCUGGGAAUGUGAAAUCUAAGUCUACAUCUGAUUCCGUUGAAAGUGAAUCUGUAAAUAAUACAGAAGAAACUCAUUCAAAUGGAAUAGAUCCUGCUGAUAUUAAGAGAAGCAAAAAAAGUAUUGAAAAGAAAGAUUCAAAAGAGGAUCCCUCUGAGAAAUUAUGUAAUCCAGACAAUGAUUCAAAUGAAAGAUCAGAUGAGCUCACACAGCGAUCAAAAGAAUCCAAUUUUGAUGAUUCUAAGGUGUUAGAAUCUAGAUCUCAAACUAAAAAGAUGGAAAAUGACCAUAAAAGUUCAAGAUCUAAAGCUCAUGUAAGUGAUAGAAAAACAAGAAGGUCUAAAGUUGAUAUGCCUACUCGUAGAGAUUCUCGAUCAAAAUCCAGAGAGAGGAAAAGAUCUCGUUGGUCAAGUGGAGAUUCUCCACCUCGUAGGCAUUCAAGGUCAAAAUCCAAAGAGAGGGCUCAUAAGUUAAAGGAGGAUAGUCGCAGUUAUAGAGAUUCUAGGUCGAGAUCGAAAGAAAAGGAUAGAAGGACUCGAAAGUAUGAAAAAGAUUCAGGUACUCGUAAAGUGUCUCGCAAUCGCAGAGAUUCUCGAUCACUAUCAAAAGAAAAUGACCGAAAAACUCGUAAAUCUAGUAUUGAAUCUAAAAGGCGCAGAGCUACUCAUAGUCGUAAAAAAUCACAAUCAGUAUCUAAUGAUAGUAAAAGUGAUCAUAGCUCCGACUCUGAGGAAGAAAUUCAAAAAAGGAAAGAUAAAUACAAGGAAUCUAAAUUAAGGAAAAGAGUAAAAAAAGAGAGUGACUCCGAAAGUGACAAAUCUAGCAGCUCAAGUUCUGAUAGAAGUCCAUCACAAAGUUCAAAACGAAAACGACAUUCUGCAAGGCAGAAGAAUAGACGUCGUAACCGUGAUAGUUCAGAGGGAACUCAAAGCUCUAGAAGUAGAAGUCCAGUUAAAAAGAAACUUAUUGAUAGAUCAGAUGAUCAUUCUGAAUCUUCAGUAACUGGCAAGUAUGGGAGACGGAAAAGCAAAGAGAGUGAUCAGAAUUCAAGAAGUAGAAGUAGGGAUAGUAGUCCUAUUCAGAAAAAAUCUAAAAAUAAGUUAGCUGAAAAAUCUGACAAGCAAAAGGAAGCAAGCCAUAAAGAUGAGGUUUUAGAUGGUGAUAAAGUUCCUAAAAGUCCUUCUCGUGAUGAUGAUUCAACUAGAAAGAAAUCGAAAAAAGACUUAAAUGAAUCGCUAACUUUCUCAAAGGAUGCGACUGAAAAAUUAAGAGAGCACAGGCAUAAAAGUUCAGAAGAUGAAGGCUCUGAAAAUAGAAGUAGAGAAAGCAGUCCAGUUAAUAUAACCUCAAAAAAUAAGUCACUUGAACAAGAUGUGGAUUCUACUAAUUUGGUUAAAACAUCUAGAGCAAAAAGAAGUGAAAGUUCAGAUGGGUCUAGAAGUCGAAGUAGGGAGAGAAGUCCUCCUCAAAACAAACUUAAACAUAAAUCUGAAUCACAUAUUGAUACUAAAGAAACUCGUAUGUCUGUAGAAGAAUCGAAAAGUCCCAAGUCCAGAAGUAUAAGUCGUGAACAAAGUCCUUCUGAACAUAAACCAAAUGAAUCAACUAGUGACUCUGUUAUUUCAUCAAAGACAAGUGGGCAAGAAAAGGAACCUGAAAGUGGAAGCUCAGAUGAUAACCAGAUUACAAGAAGUAAAAGUCAAGAAAGUUCUCCAGUUCGUAUUGCAAAAGAGAGUACAGAUGAAUCAAGUGUAGAUUCAGCUGCAUUAACCAAACGCGUGAGGCAAGAGAGUCAAAGUUCUGUGGAUGGUCGAGAUUCCAGAAGCAGAAGUAGAGAAAAAAGCCCUGAUCUAAAAAGAUCUAAAAUUCAUUCUGAUGAAACAAAUAUUGAUUCCUUGGAUACUGCUAAAUAUGAGAAAGAACCUGCUAAAACUAUUGUUUCUGAAAGUGAUAUCCCUGGUGCUGUUAAGAAAGGUAACAUUACAAUUGUUAAAAAAGAACCUAUAAAACAAAAACUGAAAAUAAAACGAGAUAAUGUUGUUAUUUCUUCUAAAAACAAGAAAGAGGAAAUAGAGAGUAAAAGUGAGAAAUCUGUAGUUAUUGAAUCAGGUGAAGAAAAUCAGAAAGAGCCUUCCAGUGCUCCUGUUCGCAUUCAGUAUGUUUCAAGAAAGAUUACUUUAUCAAGUCGCAGUCAAAGUGUAACAUCUGAUGAUGAGCCUAAGAGUAAAAGAAGCAAAUGGGGUAAUUUAGCUUCUUCACAGAAAACACCAACAAUAAACAUCUCUACAGAUUCAUUAAAGAACUGGUUUCCUGAUUUCAAGCUUCUAAAAGAUCCUACUCCUGAAGAACCUGCCUCCCUGGCAAAGGAAGAAAGUGACAUGGAAAUAGCAGUCAACAAACCAGAAGAAGAUACCAAGCAAGUUUCCAAUAUGAAGCGAUUCCAAGAGCCUCAGCAAGAAGAGCAGAUGGAAGUGGAUCAAGUUGAGACCGGGCCUGUUUCGAGAAUUCUCUUCAUUCAGAAUUUGGUGAGACCAUUUACUCUCAACCAAUUAAAGGAACUGCUCAGGGAGACAGGAAACUUUAUUGAAGAAGACUUUUGGAUAGACAAAAUCAAGUCCAAAUGCUUUGUUACAUAUGAAACUGAGGAAGAAGCUAUCAAGACUAGAAAUCACUUAAAUGGUACCAGAUGGCCUUCUUCAAACCCUAAAAUACUAUCUGUAGAGUUUUCUAAUGAAGAAGAGCUUACCCUCCAUCGAAACGGAAAUGAUACUCCUAAACCUGUUCUACAACCUGUACCUGAACCUAAUGAAGAAUCCCGAGCUUCUUAUUCGGCUGAUGAGUUCCGUAAGAAAGACCAUGAUCAAGAUCGGAGAAGAGACAGAUCAAAGCAGCAACCAGUACGAGAAUGGGAUAAAGACAAGAUCACUCAAGAAUCACCUGAUCGAGAGCGUUCAGGGAAAGAUGUGGAUAAAUCUAAACAUUUGGAUAAGAAAGAGAAAAAAGAUUCGAAAAGAAGAGCAAAUGAUGAUACUCCUGCCAAAUUAUUGGAUGAUCUGUUUCAAAAAACAAAGGCUUCACCAUGUAUAUAUUGGUUGCCAUUAACAGAUGAACAAGUUCAAGAACGAAUGGAAGGUAGGCGCUUGAGGCAGUUGGAACGUGAGAAACGAAUUCAACAGAGAGAACAGGAAGAUGCCGAAAAUAAAAGCAAAAGACCACGGUCUAGGAAUAGAACUAGAGAAGCGGAAACCAGAAGAAGUUCAACUCGAAGUCGUAGCCCUGUUACCAGACGUCGAUGAAUGGCAGAUUAGAUAUAUAUAUAAUUUUUUUCAGUCCCUGGCCUCCUCUCGUGCACUUAAGCAAAGUUCUAAGUGUAUCCAGGUAUACAAACGUCCACUCUUAUAAACCAUGAAACGGCCUGCAAUUUUUAGCUUUUUUAAGUUAAAUGCAUGAUCAAACUAUUUUAUUUUAAAAUCUGAACAAAAACUUUAUAGUAAAUGAAAUGACCUUUGAAGCAAAAUAUGUUCCCCAUAUUAAUUUAAGAAUUGGACUUUUUUAUUGCUUUGUUGUUUUCACUGCAUUAUUUUGCAUGUUUAAAAUAUUGUGUGCUUUACCUUUUUGUGAAUCUUUGUUAUUUGUGCACCUAAAGGUUGCAGGCUGUUUUAGUUUGAAAGAAAUGAAAGCAUGGUUUCUUAUAUGUAUUUGGCAUUGUUUUUUCCCUUUUAAAUUUUGCAGGAGGUAAGUCAGUUAUUUGUAAAAAAGAAGUGUGUGUGGAAUGAAUGAAAAGUGUGCUUGUGGUCUAGGGGUUGUCACCUUCAUUCUUAGAUAUGUUAAAACGUAUUUUUAAAUGCCCCUCCAUCUUUUUUAAUUCCUGAUACUUUUCUUUUCCCCUCCUGUGCCCAGUCAGGAGCCAUAAUUAAAUGGGUUUUUUGUUAAGAAUAAAUGCAAAAUUAUCCCAGUUGAUUUAUUUUUAUAAUUUUAAAAUGGGUGGGAUUUUCUAACUUAUUGGUGACAACUCUACCCCUUUCUUAAUAACUUGAAAUUUUGAAAAGUUCUGGAGGCCAGAGGAAAAAGAAAUGCAACUUUUUUUCUUUUAACCAGUGGGUCAUCUACCUAAUCCUUUUGCAGAUGAAAGCAGUUCCGUCUCGAAAAAGUAUAACUCCUAAAACUGUCUGCAACAGAGAACAAGGUUUUGUAACCGUAGCAAUCAGUUGAUUGUGAAGUCUGUAUUCAAUUGAAGGAAGGGAUGUCAGUCAGAGAUCAGAUUUAAAUGAUCGGUUCUGGAUCUGCUUUGAAAUAUAGCAAAAAACAAUAUCCGUAUCUAAAGAUAUUGAAGCCAUGACUAGACAGAAGUUUAAAUCGUCAGUGGGGUCUUUAGGCAAUGCCCUAACUCUGCAAGUUUAGUCACAUGUAUAUAUAAAUGCAUCUUGUCAUCUGUUAACAUUGUGAAAAUCACGUAUGGUAUUGUGUUUUUAUGUUGAAAACUAUUUCAUUACACAGGUGUCUUAAUUCAUGACCAAAUAACUAUGUUAUUGAUGUUUGCUUUUCGAUAUAAACUGCUUAAUAAUUUUUGGUAUAUGAAAGCAGUCAUGUUUUGUUUCUUACAUAAUGCACUGUUUUAUUCAACACAAACUGGAAUGAACGUAUUGGUAAAGUUAAUAGUUGGCUCUUUUUAAAAUGGUUUAAGUAUGUUUUUGUGAAAUGUAAAAUGUAUGUAGUAUUAUGUACAAAAGUGUUGUUUUUAAGUGUAAUGGCUUUAAUCAGCUAGAUGGGAAAGAAAAGAAUAUUUGUAAUCACAAUUAUUUGUCUGAGAAAUAAAAGAAAUUUUUGAGCUCUG